AUGCCCCUCCCCUUCUCUUCUGAGGCUUACAAUAUCAUGUGGAAAAACAAACGAGUGCAGUUGAAGAUGCGCGCCGGUGGGAUGAGUGAGUCAUCCAAAUGGAAGAAGCAAAAGCGUUCACCGAGGCCGCCUCACCACAUGGUCCGAAGUCCCUCCGGUCAGAUGGACCCCAUCCAGCCCAGCACCCUCAGCAACAACAACCUCUCAGGCGGCGUCCCGUUCAUCGAGUGCUCAGACAGUGCUUCUUCGUCAGUCUCCAGCCCUACAACCACAGACAGUGGCCUGGACACCUGCUCCAAAGCCACCUCCAGGGAGGACCUCUCCGACCUGGAGCCCUGCAGCUCCUCUGCCACCAUUCUUCCUGGUUCUGAGCCUGGCUCUCCAGAUGCACAGUCUGAGGGCAGUCAAGUUGGACCAGCUCAGUCGGCCUCAGUGGAGUCCAUCCCUGAGGUUCUGGGGGACAAAGACAACGCUACGGAUCAGUCAGACAGCGCCUCUAUACAUGACAUGGACUAUGUCAACCCACGAGGAGUGCGCUUUACUCAGUCCACACAAAGAGACGGAGCGUCCAUCAUCCCUUAUGGCUUGCCAUGUCUAAGGGAGCUCUUUCGCUUCCUGAUCUCCCUGACCAACCCCCACGACCGCCACAACACUGACGCCAUGAUGCACAUGGGCCUGCAGCUGCUGACUGUUGCACUCGAGUCAGCACAAUUCACUAACUACCAGUCUUUACUGGGACUGGUCAAAGAUGAGCUCUGCAGACACCUUUUCCAGCUGCUGAGUGUGGACCGUAUGAAUCUGUAUGCUUCCUCCAUACGUGUUUGCUUCUUGCUUUUUGAAAGCAUGAGAGUACAUCUGAAGUUUCAGCUUGAGAUGUACUUGAAAAAGCUGAUGGACAUCAUCACUUCAGAGAACAUGAAGAUGCCCUACGAGCUGAAGGAGAUGGCUCUGGAGGCUCUGGUCCAGCUGUGGAGGAUUCCUAGCUUUGUCACUGAGCUGUACAUCAACUAUGACUGUGACUUCUACUUCUCCAAUCUGUUCGAAGACCUCACCAAGCUGCUGUCCAAGAAUGCGUUCCCGGUGUCGGGGCAGCUGUACACCACCCACCUGCUGUCUCUGGAGGCCCUGCUCACUGUGAUCGACAGCACUGAAUCCCACUGCCAGGCCAAGGUGCUGAACAGCAGCGCUCAGCAGGACCACACAGACACCCUGCAGGCAGAGGGAGAGAACAGCAGGAACGGGACCGAUACUACAACCGGUACACACACGGCUGACUGA